AUGACUAGAGAGAAACGUGGAACUUUUUCACUUCUUGUGUUCUAUCAGAUUUAUUUUCAGGAGGUUCCAGAUGAAGUUGACAGCUUUUUGGCUAGUCAAGAUGGAAUGAUAAUUCGUGACCGCGACUCGAGAAUGUGCCGUCAUAAUGCCCGUCAGAAAUGUACCCACUGUUUGCCAUUAGAUCCUUACGACGAAGAUUAUCUGAAAGAAAAAGAAAUCAAGCAUAUGUCAUUCCACAGUUAUGUUCGUAAACUAACAGCAGGGCGUGGGAAAGGACAUGCUGUUAAACCUCUGGAAAAUCUCGUUUGCAAAUUGAAACCAAACUGCCUGGGACACAAACCGUAUCCACAAGGCAUUUGUUCAAAGUGUGCUCCACCAAUGAUCACUCUAAAUAGACAGAAAUUUCGUCACGUUGAUAAUAUCUCCAUUGAAAAUGAAGAUGUUGUGAAUCGUUUUCUUGGAUUUUGGCGUAAAAGCGGAAACCAGAGGAUAGGAUACCUUAUUGGUCGUUAUGAGCCAUUUUUAGAUGUUCCGCUUGGUAUUAAAGCCACCGUAGCAGCGAUAUACGAACCACCACAGGAGUCAUCUUCCGAUUCUGUUUCUUUGGUGGACGAUCCUCACGAAAAAGAUGUGGAUCUUUUAUGUUCUUAUUUAAAUCUUCGUCGAGUAGGUUGGAUUUUUACGGACCUCUGGUCUGCAGAUUCGGCAAAGGGAACGGUGCAUUGUACAAGAUAUAUGGAUUCCUUCCUUCUUUCUGCGCAAGAGUGUAUUACUGCCGGGUCUUUACAAAAUAAAUAUCGAAACUUAACAAAAUACUGCACCGAGGGCUAUUUUGGCUCAAAAUUCGUUACACUAGUAGCCUCUGGAGACCAAUCUGAGCAGAUACACUUUUCUGGCUAUCAGGUUUCAAAUCAAUGUGCAGCUUUAGUUGAUGCUAAUGUUUUGUGUCCUACCUCUUUCCCUGAACUGGCAUAUGUACGAGAAAAACCCUUAAGUCCAACCCAUUAUAUACCAGAUGUUCAUUACACGGAGAAAAAUGAGUACGGUGUUGAAACACGUCGUGACGGUAGACCGAUGCCAGUAGAAUUUAUGUUAGUUGACGUUCCGGCGGGGAUGCCUAAAGAGCCGAAUUUCACUUUUCAUGCUGUAUCCUCAAAAGAAUUUUCUUUUUUAAUUGAAAAUAGGUUAUGCAUUGGAGAAAAACAGGACACAGAUUCGUUGGGUAAAUACAUAGGACAGUUCAGUAAAAACCAGUUUUUGGAACUUGCUUCGAAUUUCCACUUUUUAUUAUUUCUAAAAACCAAUAACAUCGUUCACUUUACUGAGGAAGAGAUAAAGCAAUUGUGCACUGCUGUAAGGGACAGAAAUCGUGGGGAAGCGAUGGAAUGGGCUGAGAACACGACCAACUGGUCCACAUUAGUUGCUCUUCUCCAGCAUUCUUCUGAACACUCAUCUUCGGAAGCUUCAUCUGACCACUGGGCGUGUAAGCACUGCACUUACGUUAAUACAGAAAAACGAAGCGACUGUGCAAUCUGCGGUCUUCCUUAUGAAUAA